AUGAACCUUGUCGACUACGAUCCACGCACCCGAAUCGUCUUCGGUCCCGGCCAGAUGCAACGGCUGGGCGAGUUGGCCAAAGAGUUGGGAGCCACUCGCGUGAUGGUGGUUUCCGACCCGGGGGUCAUCGAAGCUGGUCACCCGCAACGGGGAGUUGAGUUACUACAAGCCGCGGGGCUGGUGACUGAGUUAUUCGACGGGGUGGAGGAGAACCCGACCACGAAGCAUGUCGAGGCCGGUGUGGAACGGGCCAAGGCGUUCAAUCCCGAUCUGCUGGUGGCCAUCGGGGGCGGUAGUUCGAUGGACUGUGCCAAGGGCGUGAACUUCGUUCAUUCCUGUGGCGGGCAGAUGCAAGACUAUUGGGGCAUCGGUAAAGCCACUCGCGAUAUGCUGCCGAUGAUCGCCGUACCCACCACCGCGGGCACCGGAAGCGAAGCGCAGUCGUUCGCUUUGAUUUCAAACCCUGAAACCCACGCGAAGAUGGCCUGCGGCGAUCGCCGUGCGGCGUGUCGCAUCGGGUUGCUCGACCCCGAGCUGACCGUAACCCAACCCCCGGCGGUGACCGCGUUGACCGGCAUCGAUGCGAUCGCCCACGCGGUGGAAACCUACGUGACGAACAAGCGGAACUCGGUCUCCUUGGCCUUCAGCCGAGAAGCGUGGCGGUUACUCGAGGCCAACUUCCCGCGGGUGCUCGAGAACCCCCAGGACAUCGGUGCCCGGGGUGGUAUGCAAUUGGGGGCCUGCUUCUCGGGCAUGGCCAUCGAGAACUCGAUGUUGGGGGCGGCCCAUGCGUUGGCCAACCCGUUGACCGCACACUACGGCAUCACGCACGGGCAAGCCGUGGGGGUGAUGUUGCCACAUGUCGUGCGUUUCAAUGGUGAAGAAGUGAACGACUGGUAUCGCGAACUCAUCGAGGCCAGCGAACCCGGCAGUAAUUCGCUUUCGGCAGCGGGUGGAGCCUUCGCCCUGGCCGACCACAUCACCGAGCUGGUCGGUGCCGCCCGACUCAGCACCCGACUCACCGAGCUAAACGUCACCGAAGACAUCCUGCCGCAACUGGCCGCCGCGGCCGCCAAGCAAUGGACCGGCAACUUCAACCCCCGCAGUGCUGAAGAGACGGACUUCUUGAAUCUAUUGGCUUUACAUGCUUACGUCGUGUCGUUGUGCCGUUGUGGUUCUCUCACUUCUUCCAAUCCAAGAGACCCUGAACCUCACGCUAAGACCAAAUCGGCAAUGCUAAGUAACUCUCAACUAGCGAGCGAAACAAGCGACAUGCCAGAACUAAAACGCUCGAAGUCAUUCACGGUUCGAUGGUUCGGAUACCUCUGCCUGACGCUGGCGAUCUUCGUUGGCUGUUCCCCCGAAGCGGAAGUGGCUCCCCAAGAACCGACCGCUACCGAAACGGCUGAGAACACGGUCGACUCUGAGCCGGAGAUGAGCGAAGAAGUAGUCGUUGAGGAGCAAGCGGUAACGACUCCUCUCCCCAGCGAAGAAGCAGACCAACCAGAGCCGGAAGUUCCCGGCGAUCCUCUUGCCGAGUCGGUCACGCCGGCGGUUACGCUUCCGCCGGAGAAGCUUGACGUGGAGGAGGCCUCGGCCGAGGCGUGGCCGUUGUUUCGGGGAACUGCGCUUUCGACCGGGGUAACCGCGUCGACGUUGCCUGAGGACCCUCAGUUGCUGUGGAAGAAGACGUUCGAGUUCGGGAUGUUCGAGUCGACGCCGGCGAUUGUGGACGACGUAGUGUAUGUCGGCAGCUACGACGGCAACUUCUACGCCCUGCGGCUCGACACCGGUGAAGAGAUCUGGCGGUUCCCCACCGAGUUGGGCUUUAACGCUCCGGCGGCCGUGCACGAUGGCUUCGUGUACGUGGGCGAUACCGAGGGGCGAUUCUUCUGUCUCAACGCAGCCACCGGCGAGGCCGUGAAGGCUUACGCCACCGAGGCCGAAAUCAAUGCGGCGGCCAACUUCUAUGAAGACUCGGUCAUCUUCGGCUCGCAGGAUGCCAGCCUGUACCGGUUGAAGCUGAAGACGCUGGAGCUGGUCUGGAAGUUCACGAUCGACGACAUGAUUCAAUGUUCGCCCACGGUGAUCGGCAACCGGUGUUUCAUUGCCGGCUGCGAUGGUCGACUGCACAUUGUGAACCUCGACACGGGCGAGGGAGUCGACGCGGUCGAUAUUCUGGCCCAAAGCGGUUCCACCCCAGCGGCCAGCGGCGACUUUGUUUACUGCGGCACCUACGGCGAAUCGUUCUUCUGCAUCAACUGGCGGGAGGCCAAAAUCGUGUGGGAGUAUCGCCACCGCCGUCGUAGCUUUCCCUUUCAGUCUUCUGCUGCACUCACGCCCGAGAUGGUAAUCGUGGGCGGUCGCGACAAGAUGAUCCACGGGCUGCAUCCCCGCACGGGUGAGGAAAUGUGGACCGUGAUGACCGGAGGCCGCAUCGACGGAUCGCCGGUGGUCGUCGGCUCGCGGGCGUUCGUCGGUUCGGCCGAUGGACGAAUCUACGCGGUGGAUGUUGCCACCGGAGAAGAAAAGUGGCGUUACGAAGCCGGCGGCGGGUUCGUCGGAUCGCCCGCAGUGGCCCAAGGCCGGAUGGUCAUCGGCAACGACGAUGGCGAGUUGCUGUGCUUCGGUGAAAAGACCGAGUGUGGCGUUCAGCACGACAGGUACGUGGGCUACUUCGUCGACCACUUCGGUCUCGGACAAGAUACCGACGAGUCCGCAGAGCGUUCCGCAACCUGGCACUGUGGGCAUUGCCCCGACACCGCAUCGUGCCACCAACUCCCCGCGGAGAUAGAUAUGCAUUUGGCCGCUUCGCUGAGAACGAUCUUCACAAUACUUUUGCUGGUGCCCACGGUGGCGGGUGCUGCAGAGCAUUCCAACGUGGGGAUUGGCAAGCAGAUCGACGCCUUCGAACUGCACGACUUCCGCGGCAAGCUGCACAAGCUCGGCGACUACGACGACAAGAAAGCAUUGGUGGUGGUGUUCCUGGGAACGGAAUGCCCGCUGGUGAAGCUUUACGGUCGCCGCCUGAAAGACCUCGACGCCAAGUAUUCGGAACAGGGCGUGCAGGUCAUCGGCAUCAACGCCAACCGGCAGGACAACCUGACCGAGAUCGGAGCCUUCGCGCGGACGAGCGAGAUUGACUUUCCGAUUCUGAAAGACCCGCGCAACGAAGUGGCCGACUUGUUCGGCGCCGAGCGCACCCCCGAGGUGUUCGUGCUCGAUGCCGAGCGGGUGAUUCGCUAUCGGGGGCGUAUCGAUGAUCAAUAUGGUGUCGGCUACCAGAAGGCCGAAGCCUCGCAAUCGCACGUGAUGGAAGCCCUGGAUGAGGUGUUGGCCGAGAAGACGGUUAGCCAGCCGUAUAUCGAGGCCGUGGGUUGCAUCAUCGGUCGGGUGCCCGAGGUCGAGGCCACCGGCCAAGUGACGUACAGCAAUCAGAUCGCCCGGGUGAUGCAAGACCGCUGCAUCGAAUGCCACCGCGAGGGCGAGAUCGGGCCGUUCACGUUAACAAACUACGACGACGUGGCGGCGUGGGGCGAAAUGAUUCGCGAGGUGGUGAACGAAGAGCGGAUGCCGCCCUGGUUCGCCAGCCCCAAGUACGGCAAUUUCGAAGACGACGCCCGCCUGACCGACGAAGAAAAGGAACUAAUCAACACCUGGGUCGACCAUGGUUGCCCUGAAGGGGACCCCAGCGAGUUGCCGGCUCCACGUGGGUUCAUUGAAGGCUGGGGCAUUAAGGAGCCCCAUGCGGUGUACAACAUGAGCGACAAGCCGUUUCAGGUUCCGGCCGAAGGGGUGAUCGACUAUCAGUUUUACACGGUCGAUCCUGGCUGGACUGAAGACAAAUGGGUUACGGCCUCCGAAGCCCGCCCUGGCAAUCGCUCGGUGGUGCACCAUAUUUUGGUGUUCAUUCAAAAACCGGGGCGGAAGUACUUCCCUGCCCUGCCGGGCGAGUUGAUUAGUGCGUAUGCACCGGGCAUGAAACCGACGGUGGCCAACGAGAACAUGGCGUUCCGCAUCCCGGCCGGAUCGAAGAUCGCGUUCCAGAUGCACUACACAGCCAACGGCACACCGCACGAAGACAUGAGCUACGUCGGUUUUCGUUUCGCGAAGGAAGAGGACGUCGAGAUGGAAGUGGAGUCGGGGAUGGCGAUCAACCCGGCAAUCUUCAUCCCGCCGAGGGCCUCAGAUCACAAGAUCGUGGCGGCCGACCAGUUCUACAAAGACACCUAUCUGCUAGGCGUCAAUCCUCACAUGCACCAGCGGGGCAAAUCGUUCCGCUACGAAGCGAUCUAUCCCGACGGCAGCCGCGAGAUCAUCAUGGACUGCCCCAACUACGACUUCAAUUGGCAGUUGGGCUACAAGUUCGUCGAACCCAAGUUCAUGCCCCGCGGCACAAAGCUCGUCUGCACGGCCCAUUACGACAACUCGGCCGACAACCUCAACAACCCCGACCCUAAUCGCUGGGUGAUGUUCGGCGAGCAGACCUGGCACGAGAUGAUGAUCGGGUUCUAUUUCCAGGCGACGAAGCGGUGA